UUGGGGGCGGAGACUCUGCUCUCCAGUAAGCAUGCGCGUUGGCUUCCAGCCAAUCAGGGACGCGCCUGGCUGAGGCCGGGCUGGGUUUUCCCCCGCGGGAAUCACCACUUACCUCAGAGGCCUCGAGGCAGCGAAGCAUCGACUCCGCAGAUGUCUGUAUCUUCUUUUUUUGACUUUUUGAUCCAAUAAAAGAAAUUAGGCUACUGCUUAAAUUUUAACUAAGAACAUCUAAAUAUGGCACCCUCUGGCAGAAAAUAUUCUGGAAAGUUACGAAAGGUAUCAAUGGAUGAUCCUAAAGGAGCCUAUAAUAUCCGGAAACAAACUAAAAAAGACUUCAGCGAGUCAGAGGAGGAUAUUUUGGAAGGAAAGACUCCAGUAAUUGAUAAACGUGGGAAGAAAAGAUCUUCAAGACUAUUUGAAGAUGUGGGAGGUGAAGUACACAGUAUGCUGGAACGAUUUGGAGCUGACAUUCACAAGGCUCUUCUUGCCAAGAAAAGAAGACUUGAAAUUUAUUCCAAGUCUUGUUUCAAAAGCAGUAAUCAGUUGAUUGAACAUUUUUGGAGAAUACAACAAGAGCAAAGGCAGAAGCUUCACCAAGAAUUUUCUCAGCAGUUUCUAACUUUGUUUGAGGAGUGGGAUUUAGAUCUGCAGCAAUCUGGGGAACAAGAAGAAAAACUAACUAAUUUGUUUCGACAGCAACAAAAGGUUUUUCAACAAUCUAGAAAUCUUCAGAGCCAGAGACUGAAAACAAUUAGACAGCUAUAUGAGCAGUUAAUAAAGAGUAUGGAGGACUUGGAGAAGGAUCAUGAAAAUCAAUUUAGUAAUGCACAAACUGAACUUAAAAAAGAAAUGGCCAUGUUGCACAAAAAAAUUAUGAUGGAGACACAGCAGCAACAGAUGGCAAGUGUUCGACAGUCUCUUCAAUCCGUGUUACUUUGAUGACUCUUUGAAGAAAGAACUUGAACCUAAAUGAUACAAUUUUAAGAUUAAUUAAGAUGCAUUUUUUUCAUAAAUUCUAGUUUAAAU